GGUCCAAAGGCCCGCUGGCUCUUCCGGACUUGCAAUGCCAUUUCUCGCCUCAUCUCGAGACCUCUGGCCAUCACCACCGUUGCCAUUGCCAUCGCCAUCACUCGUCGCUGCGAUCUAAUUGCUGGUUCCUAGCGCCCUCGCACAUCCUCUGCAUCGCCAUCAUGUCUUCCGUCGACGUCCCCGACGACGUCAAGUUCGUAGGGCCGUACCUGCAGCGCUCGCUCGAGCUCAAGGCCAUCGACCCCAUCGUAUCGUACUACUGCGCCUAUUAUGCCGCCAAACUUGCCGUCCAAGCCGGCUCCAAGAACAAGGACAGCCAAGUGUUUCUGAUAAACCUCCUGGACUCGCUCGAGCGGGAUAAGAAGGAUAUGGCCGGAAACGAAGCGCUGACCAACGACACUGUCGGCUAUGCGCACGUUGAAUCGUUUGCCCUCAAGAUCUUCAAGAAGGCCGACGACGAAGACCGUGCCGGACGAGCAUCCAAGAAAACCGCCAAGACUUUCCUGGCUGCGUCGCUGUUCUUCGAUGUCCUCAAAGUGUUUGGCGAGAUUGACGAGGAUGUCACGGAAAAGAUCAAGUAUUCAAAGUUCAAGGCCGCCGAUAUCACCAAGGCCCUCAAGGAAGGCCGUCAGCCAACACCGGGGCCACCUGGUGGCGACCCUGCCGACCAGCCCACGGCCCCGGCCGAUGCAAGCAGCUCUAGCGAUCCAUUUGGAUUCGGCGGUGGUCCUCCUGCGGUUGUCACCUCGCCGGCAGCAUCGUUUCCCGCUGCCUUGACGGGCUCCGUGCCCAUCAACCCCACACCAGCCUUCCAGCCCCGCAGCGAUGCUGCCCCGUUCGAUUCGGCACCUUUGUCCAGCAUCACUCCCCCAUCAGCUCCGUCUCCGCCGAGUCUCUCGGGGUUGAAUCUGCAUUCGAACGACGCUGUCGGCCAUGGGUCUCCCUUUGCUCACGGAGGCUUCCCAGCAGCACCCGCACCGCAGUCCUUCAGCUAUACGCCGAGCGCCCCUCCUCCAGCAUCGGUCUUCCCGAGCAUCCCCUCAGGCAAUCCGCUGGGCCACACACCCAGCCCUCUUCCCUCCGCCUACCCCGUUGCUUCGGCGCCCCAGCCUGUUGCUGCCGUCGCAAGUCCCGCGAGGCACUCCAGCCUGUCGAGCGCCUUCGAGGUCGACUACAAGGCCAUUUCAAACGCCCAGAAACUGUCAAAGUACGCCAUCAGCGCGCUGCAGUACGAGGAUAUCAACACUGCCAUCGAGAACCUUGAGAAGGCCCUGGCCAUCCUCCGACCGAUGAGAAAGUAAAGCGCACGAGCACGGACCUAAUGCAUCCCUCACAAGCGAAAUGAGACACUCCUGGAUCCCAGAGAGAGUGUGUGUCUGCUCUGGCCUGGUUCGUGAAUAUACGUGUGCCCAUGCAGAUUUUUGGGACGGAGAGCCGCAGCGGUGCCGGCGGCGAUAACGGUGUUCGAAGCAAAACUCAAUAUAUUCUGAAGAACGAAGCAC